GGUACGUUCACUUUGACAGUACAGAUAAAAAUGGCAAGCAUGGGGAAUCGGCCAAAACGUCCCCGAACACGCCCCCUCGGCUACGUUCCAAUCCGGAACCCGUCCUUCUUGGAAAGAGAGAAAACCGAGUUCAGGGACGGUCUUCAAACAAUCUCCGACCUAAUUCACUACGGGGACGGCAUGAAGGCACGAGCACGAUCCACCAUGAAGACAUCAACGAGAAUGAACGACGCCAACAUUGCCAAAUAUUACAACAAUGUUCCCGAUAGAGUGAUCAGCCCUGAACUUAGAGAAAAUGACGGACUGUUUCGACAGACGUCCUCAAUAUGCAACCGAAAAUUGAAACCAGACAGAACUUCCUUGACUAAUCUACAGUGCGAAGUCCUAGGCCCGUUCUUCUGUGCGGAUUGUUCCAAAACGCGACGCCAAGACACGAACUGUGAGACUCACAAGGCAAUGUAUCCUCAAAUUGCAGUUCACCAGCGAGCUCUAGUGGCACCUGAAAAAGUGAUGCAGUUUAAUUCCGCUAUGUCCAUGUCGUCCUUUAAAGACAAAAGGGUACUUUCUUGUGGAUGCGUCGUCGAUGUAGGGAAUGCUCUUCACAUACCUGUCGUUUACACACAGCACGACGUUCAUAACAGGGUCAGACAUGCGCACAAGGCCGGAUGUAGCUUGGUACAUAGAAAAGUUGUGCCGUCUACUAAAACGAACCCCGGCAGACUUGAAUUGUUGAAUACUGAGGAGCCGGAGUCCUACAACGUUGAGAAUAUCCGUGUCUCAGUUCACUUUAACUCGCCAACAGAAGAAGGAAAGCGAUUUUUCAAUGUUUAGGGAUGAUGGAGUGUGCCCUAUCGCUGUUAUAAUGUUCGAACAUUAGCUGGCAUUGGAUCUAUAACAUUACAUUUUACUUUUGUUGUCGGAGUAAAUUUCGUUUUUACAAGUGUAAAAUGCUUUUGCUUAUGCAUGGGGAUGGGAAAUGUUGAUUUAUAACAAAACUGUGAUCGAAAAUAUUGUAACUGUUAUACUAGUAUUUGGUAUAUGUAGGGGCCGUCGGUUAGUCUAGUGGUUAAAGCGUUCGCUCGUCACGCCGAAGACCCGGGAUCCAUUCCCAACAAGGGUACAAUGUGUGCAGACCAGUUCUGGUUCCCCCGCCGUGAUAUUGCUAUAAUAUUGCUAAAAGCGGCGUAAAACCAUACUCCCCAUAUGUAACCGCUUAUGUAGUAGGGUUUCGAAUUUCAGAAACUUCAGUUAAAUGUAAACUUUCUGACAUGAAACAUAAACUCUCAUAAAUGUACACGUGUGUUCAUUAACUAUUAUUGCUGUGAUGCUUAAAAGAUAUGAAGCCACGGAUGGCCAAGUCGUCUAGGGCGCAGCAAUUAGCUGCGCAGAGUUCCGUUCCUUGGGCCCGCCAGAAACCAAUGGUUGUUGUGGGUUCGAACCCCGAACUCCCCGAUUAUGUUUCUUGGUUUGUCGGCAACAUACUCGUCGGUUUCGCCAAAGUUAUAAACGUCAGAGACCUGCAUCACUUCAGGCAUUCCUCCCAUGUGAAGCUGUCACAUUUUACUUUUGAAUCCAGUCGACGGAGAUACGUCUGAAAACAAUACUUAUGGGCUAGCAAUAAAAUAGACGAGGUUUGAUUGUUUUUCCUGGAGGAUUACGUCCAUAUCUAGUGCAAUUUUUUUUAUGUUUUACAUCGCGUACUUAUCAUACCAACAUAAGAAAACCAUAUAAGGAUAACCUAGUUUAUCCAGAUUUCGUCCUGUAAACAACCGUGAAGAUCCGGGGUAGAAUAGGUCUUCAGCAACCCAUGCUUGCCGUAAAAGGUGACUAUGCUUGCCGUAAAAGGUGACUAUGCUUGUCGUAAAAAGCGACUAACGGGAUCGGGUGGUCA